AUGAGCAUUCCUGGAAUUGAUCCUUCGGGCUAUUACUUCAUGGAGUACCUGCGGGCUUGUUUGCUGCGGAUGGCAAUAGAAAUGCUGCGGCUGCCAGUCAGCACUUUGCUGCUGCUGCUGCUGGCAGCAGCAGCGCUGCGCCCCUUCCUCAGCUGCAGACUGCAUGCAGAAGCAGCAGUGCUGUCGCUGUGCUCGCUGCUGUGUCUGCUGGCCAUGCUGGCCACUUGGGCUUUUGCUGCUGCAGUUGAGCAGCAGCUAAGGCCUUCCAAAGUUCCCCACUAUUUAGUAAUGAGAUACCACAUGGAGUUGGGCGGAGAAGCAAAAGAGACUUACCUCCACGAGUUCACGCCCCCCUACAAGCUGCAGCAGCAGCAGGUCAGGCCCCGCUGCAGCAGCAGCAGCAGCAGCAGCAGCAGCAGCAGCGGCAGCAGCAGCAGCGGUGGAGUAAGUGCCUGGCCAGGAGUUUGUUCGCGCUACUUCUACGGAACGACUUUGCCGAAUAAACACCAGCAGCUGUUUUGCUUCUGGGCCAAUGGACCGACCAUUGUGAUGCGGGCUUUGGAAGCGUCGUACUUCUGCCAGCUGCUGGUGCUGGCGUGGUGGGUGCAGCUGCUGCGCUCCCACCCCGCCACUUGGCUGCGCAUCUCCUGGUGGGGAAGUGCUGCUGUUGGACUUUUCGCGCUGCUGCACUUUUUGCUGCUGAAGAAAGUGCUGUACUCCACGCUGCUGGCGCUGCACUCGGGCAUGCUCGUGGACCACGUGCUGCUGGAAAAGGUUUGGGAAAUUCAAAGGGCCGAAAACGUGCGACGCACAGCCGAACUCGUAGACCGCCUGCGAGUGCAGUCCACACUUUUCGCAAUCAGCGAAGGCGGAGACAUCUUUUGGAAACAAAUGCAAAUCAAAUUCGAGUGCACUGGUCGGAGGGCAAGCGGCGCUACUUGCUGGACUUCGUGGGGGGCAAAAGAGGAACUGCCGGAGUUGCUGCUGAGUUGUUUGUCUCGCAGCUGCAGGCCAUGGAGGAACAAACCCUGCAGCCUUUCCAGCAAGCCGCUGGAGAGAUGCAGAGAAGGUCUCAGGGAGAAGGCGCAGAUCGAGUUUAAAAGAAACUCUUUUUAA